AAUCAAUCGGUUCAGAUAAUUUAGUUGCGAAUUUGUUUAUUCAAUUGGGUUGUAUUUUACCGACAAUGACAGAAGCUGUAGAUACAAAUUUCAUUCGUAGCACAAAUGAUUUUGCAUUUAAGCUUUACAAACAAAUAGUCUUUAACGAGACCAAAAAUGUUAUCAUCUCACCAUUUUCCAUCAGCACCUGCUUGUCAUUUGCUGCCAUGGGCUCGGCCGGAGAAACGGCCAUAGAAAUGCUCUCUGUUAUGGAGUACGACAUUGUGGCUGGAAAAAAAGCGAUAGCUAACAAUUUUGGCAAAAUAAUAGCUGGACUAGAUGAAAACAACAACUUGAAAAUUGCGAACAAAAUAUACGUCAUGGAGUCAUACCAAGUGAAACAAAGUUUUGGAGAAAUUGCCACAAGAACUUUUCGUUCCGAAAUUGACACCGUUGACUUUAAAAAGAGUAUAGAAACUGCCAAAACAAUAAACCAGUGGGUAGAACAAAAGACGAAUGAGAAGAUUAAGGAUUUGAUUUCUCCAGACAGCCUUAACGACAAGAUCCGAAUGGUGUUAAUUAAUGCUAUCCAUUUUAAGGGCACAUGGACGCAUCAGUUUAAUCCAGAAAAUACUAGACCAAUGCCUUUCUGGAUCAGUCCGAAUGAGUCUACAGAUGUUCCAAUGAUGAAUAUCAAGAAACUUUUUAAAUAUGGUAUUUUUGAUGAACUGGGAUUUGCCGCGCUGGAACUAUCCUACGUUGAUAACGAUAUAAGCAUGAUUAUAUUAUUGCCCCAUGAAAGGAUUGGAUUAGGCAAGCUUGAAGAAAAUCUUCCUAAUCUUGAUAUUUCGGAUUUGCUGACAAAGAUGCAUUUUCGAGCGGUAGAGCUUUCUCUGCCAAAAUUCAAAAUCGAAUUCGAUAUUGAUCUUAAGCAGUUACUCAAGAAACUUGGUAUGGCGGGAAUAUUUUCCGAUUCCGCCGACUUCAGUGAAUUGCUGGUGCAAAAGGUUCCACUCAAGGUAUCCAAAGUCAUACAUAAAGCGUUCAUCGAAGUGAACGAAGAAGGAACAGAAGCGGCAGCAGCUACAGGAGGCAUCUCGUUUAGGGUCACAGAGGGCGGUUUUCGUCAUAUCUCAUUUCAAUUCGGUAUCUUUUAUCUGAUACGAACCACCAAACGACUGUUUACCAUACUUCUGUCAUCAUCACUCGGUAAACACAAGUGGAGUGAACAUACAAUACCCAACAACCAAACAAAAUUGACCUUUUCAGUGCCACCAAAUCAUUAUCAAAGAGUUUAACGAUGUAAUUCUUCAGACAUAUCCAAAAUCAACAAAUAGUCUAACGGAAUCCUACGUCAACUAUGCGGUCGUGUCUCGGACACAACCCUUCUGUGACUUUUUAGAUGAGUGUCGUUCUUAGUAUGUACUAGUUUGUUAUGUCGAUUCAGGCUGAACAUUAGAAUUUAAUGAACUGAGGAUACUUUCAACAGUAACAGGUAGAAUGUCCAAUUUUUACAACGGUUACCCAAAGAUAUUAAAAAACAAUUCGUUACAAGAAGGAUUAUAGAAGAACUAUAACAAUUUUCCAAGACAUACAAACACAAAUAUGAAUACAAUAGAUGAAGUGUAGUCCAGAAACAAUCUAACCAGAAUACCUUACCCACAGUUAACUAUUCUAUAUUUCAGAUAUCGCAAUAAUGGCAUGCUGCCCAAUAAUACCAGUACAAUUCAUAGUGGACCGUCCUUUCCAUUUUGUUUUGUUUGAUAGACGAAAUAGAGUAUCCGUUUUCAACAGACG